AUGUUGGCUUCUCCUCUUUCCCAUGGCUUGAAGACUGCUAGGAAGCCAUCUUCAGCAUCCAGCACGGAUGAACCUGCUAGUUAUCCUGUUUCUUCUCUGGCCGGCUUCAUCGUUGCUUGUUGCUUGCUCCUCCUCCUCGUCGUCGUCGUCGUCGUCGUCGUCGUCGCCAACGUCAACGCAAUCCCAGGCCAGCAACUAGUUGCAUGGCUAGUUACCUAG